GGGAGCUGAGUAUAAGGAAGUGUAAUAGAACUGUACUGUCCACAUAUUUAAAUAACCUGUCCAACUUAAAAGAGACUCACUUGGUAUUUACUUGCCAAGCUGGGUGAUCAAGCAGUUUUUAUAAUAACUUCAGCCAUUGAUGAUCGAAAACUGUGAACAUGCAUUUAUUUGCUUUUCUUCUGCUGAGCUCGGCUUUGGCUUUUUGUCUUGCAUCACCUAUGCCCCCACCAGAUAUUGUUGGGGAAUGGAAGGACAUUCCAGAUAUAAACAAAGGUUUAAAUCUCAGAGAAGGAGACAUCAUGAUGCCUAGGCAAAAGAACGCCAUUCUUGGGAACCGGUGGAAUAUUUCAGUCCCUUAUGAGCUGAGUGUGAAUCUCAGUGUGAACUAUAAAGGAAUCAUUUUGAGAGCCUUUGAGCAGUUCAGACUGAAAUCAUGUAUUGACUUUAAGCCCAGAGCAGCAGAAGACAUUUCUUACAUCUCUGUGGAGAGUCGUGAAGGGUGUUGGUCAUAUGUCGGUCGUGUAUUUACUGGAGCUCAGGCUCUUUCCAUUGGAAAUGGCUGUGGAACAAUAGCCAUUAUUGAGCAUGAGUUUCUCCAUGCACUGGGAUUUUGGCAUGAGCAGUCAAGAUAUGACAGAGAUGAUUAUGUGACCAUCAACUUUGAAAACAUCAUUACAGGUUAUAAGGACAAUUUCAAUAAGUACAGUGAGAACCAGACCACCACCCAAGGCACUCCAUAUGACUACUACUCUGUGAUGCAUUAUGAUAAAAAUGCCUUCAGCAACGGUAAUGGAUCCACAAUCAUUACCAAGCGUCCUGAGUUUCAAGAUGUGAUUGGUCAACGCCUGGAUUUGAGUGAAUAUGAUGUGAUUGAACUCAACAAACUCUAUAAAUGCAAUUCGUCCAUCUCUUUCCUUGAUCACUGUAGUUUUGAUGAUGAAUCUCUGUGUCAGAUGAGCGUCUGUUCUGCUGCUGAUUAUGGCUGGCAGAGAGUGAAGUCAGUGAGUGGCAUCAAUGUGAAUGACCACACAUACUUGGGCAAAGAACAAAAUGGGACGUCUUUCUUCAUGCACUUCAGCACUGAGGGCAGAAAUGAGGGAGAUGCAGCUAGAAUGGAAAGCAAGACAAUGACCCCUAAAAGAGACUGCAAGGUCCAGUGCCUGCAGUUCUACUACUAUCACAGUGGUAAUGAGUCUGACCAGCUCAACAUCUGGAUCCGAGAAUAUCAGAAUGAAGCAGACAGCAGAGGAACUCUCAGACUUAUGGAUCAGAUCACAGAACCCCCUGGCAAUUACUGGAAGCUGCAUCAUGUGUCACUGAAUGCAAAUAAAACCUUCCAAGUUGUAUUUGAAGCCCGUAAAGGAGCUGGAAACUCCAGUGGAGGAUUUUCACUGGAUGAUAUCAAUAUUUCUGAGACUGAGUGUCCCCACACAUGGCAGAUCAGAGACUUUGAGAAGGUUUUGAAAAACAGUGUGUCUGGCACUUGGAUGUUCAGUCCAUUGUUUUACUCCAGUGAUGGUUAUCGCUUUCAGGCUGUCUUAAUAUUGUAUCAGAAUUACCUUUCAAUAUAUGUUCGUCUGGUAUCUGGUGUAUAUGAUGACCAGCUGCAGUGGCCUUGUCCAUGGAGACAAAUAACCUUCCAGAUGCUUGACCAGAAUCCACACAUACAGAAGCGCAUGUCCUCUGAGAAAAGCUUCACAACUGACCCUUCUUUGAUUUAUUCCAAUGUCAGUGUUUGGGAUAAUCCUCGAAAAACUGGAACUCAAGUCGUCAUUGGCAAUGAGACCAUAUAUUUGGGUAUUUUUUGGGGCUAUGAAUAUGCCAUAAUGAAAGAGGAUCUCACUAAAAGAGAGUUUAUCAAGGGUGGUGACAUCAUAUUUCUCUUCACCAUGCAAGAUAUCUCAGGGUUUCUUCAGAAGGACUCUCUACCUUGCCCUAUAGCAACAGUGAAGAACUUCAACGUUACUCCUGAUGUGAGUGCCCAGCAAGGAUCAUGUGCUCCAAGAGCUCUUCCUGUACCUCAGAUGACCUCAACAACUACUGCUGCUACAAGAAUUACAACCACACCAGGACUUACGGAGGGUGAAUGCGUGGACAUAUUUUGCAAUUCCAGUGCCAAGACUGCUUCCUCUCUGGUCAUCCUGGUGGCUUGUUUUCUUUUGCUAGUGAGUUAAUCAUGAGAAACCACUAUUAUCAGCCCUAUGUCUGACUUCGCGAGUUCAGUGCCAAAGAACUGCAUCUAUCUUCAGCUUUUUGUUACAUGCAUAUGAUAAUUAAAUAUGUAUUGAUAAUAUUAAUUAAUGUUAAAGCUAGCAUUAAUCAUGAUGAUUUACACAUAUUCUCUGUAAAGAAUAAGGUACAUAUUUGUCAUGAUAAAUCACUGCAUGAAUGCUAUUGGUUUAAUUAUUUUUUUUUUUUAAUUAUUCAAGUGGGUUUUAAUGUGAAUGUAAGAGGGGAAAAUGAUCAUAAAAAGAGCCUAUGCUCUCAGAUUUGGCCUGCAAAUGCAAGAUUUUGGUGGCAUCUAGUGGCACAUGAUGGAGCUUCCGCUGUGAACAAAAGGACAUGUACAAUUAUUUGAAAUGCCUAAAAGGAGUGCGGAAAGUCUUCUGAUAAACAGCAUAAUAAUAAACAUUGAGAAGCUCAAAAGCUUUACACUAACUGUGUCUUAAGUUUUCUGUCAAGAUGUGAUUAGUUUAAUGCCACAAGUCACAAUUGUGACACAGUUCACUCAACUUUUUCACUCCUUUGUGACACUAAAUAUUGUACUAGUGGAUACACAAUUUGAUAUGAGAAUGCAAUAUUUUUAACACCUCUCAGGAACAUACUACAUACAAUAUAGACUGAUCUGUUGAUGACUGACUGACGAGUUGAUGGCUUUUUACCAGUGGGAUUAAUGUCUACACACUGUAUAUUUCAUAUGUAUGCAAAUGUUCAACAGCAUUCCUGAGCAUCAUUUACCAGCUGCCAAACCCAAACCGCUGGAUGGGUAUGGAGUGGGAAUCUCAACUUGAGUUACCAUAUUGUUAUAGUUGUGGUUUGUGGACUCUUAUAUUUUCUUAAAGUUUCAGCAAUUCUUAAGGUAUUUGAUAUAUUUAACGUUCUUGGUGUGAAUGUGCCUUUAGAAUGCUUUUCAAACAAAUAAAUACAACCAUGGAAUUUC